AUGAACACCAGUUCGACAUCCGUGGACACAGAGUCCACCACCGCUGACGAAGCACUGCACGCAGCGGAGGACAAGACGGAAAAUGUACCCGCCUUUCGUACCAGGACGACGUGGCACAUGGCACCAGAAGUGUACAAAAUGAGGGAGCGAGAUGAAGCAGGUGGUGAGAAGCCCAGGAAGCUCGGCGUGACCUGGGAGAAUCUUACUGUCAAAGGCGUCGGCAGUAACGCCACGUUCAACGAAAAUGUACUCUCUCAGUUUUUCCCCUUCCAUAGGGGUAGCAAAGGUGCUCAGCAGAAGAUCAUCAUUGAAGAUUCAUAUGGAUGUGUUAAGCCAGGAGAGAUGCUGCUUGUGCUUGGACGUCCUGGCGCCGGCUGCACGACGUUGCUGAACGUCCUCGCUAACAAUCGGCGUGGCUACGAGGAAGUCACCGGAGACAUCCACUAUGGAAACAUGUCUGCCGAGGAGGCCACACAAUACCGUGGGCAGAUCAUCAUGAACACGGAAGAGGAAAUCUUUUUUCCAACUCUGUCUGUCGAGGACACCAUUGACUUCGCCGCUCGCAUGAAGGUUCCUUACCACCUGCCCCCUGGGAUCGAGUCCCAUGAGGAAUAUGUCCAGUCCUACAAAGAAUUUCUCCUGCGAUCAGUGGGAAUAUCCCAUACCGCGAAGACAAAGGUGGGAGACGCUUUCAUCAGGGGUGUCUCGGGAGGGGAGAGGAAACGUGUGUCCAUUAUUGAAUGCCUGACCACCCGCGCGAGCGUCUUUUGCUGGGACAAUUCGACGAGAGGUCUCGACGCCAGCACAGCACUCGAGUGGAUCAAGGCAAUCAGGGUAAUGACCGACGUGCUCGGGCUCACGACGAUUGUUACACUCUAUCAGGCAGGCAACGGCAUCUACGAGCAUUUCGACAAGGUCCUUGUCCUCGACGAGGGCAAGCAGAUCUUCUAUGGUCCCCAGCAAGAUGCUGUCCCGUUCAUGGAAGACCUCGGCUUUAUGAGGGACUCUGGUUCCAAUCGAGCGGAUUUCCUGACGGGCGUGACAGUUCCUACCGAGCGCCUUAUUGCUCCUGGAUACGAAGACAAGUUCCCAUGUACCGCUGGUGAGAUCCUGGCCGCGUACAAACGGUCAGCAAUCCAGCCCAAGAUGCUGGGAGAGUGUCAAAGCUAUCCAGUAAGCGAGGAAGCCGCCGAGAACACGGCUGUCUUCAAGGAAAUGGUCUCUCGAGAGAAGCACAGGGGUGUGUCUGAAACAUCUCCCGUCACUACUGGCUUGAUUACCCAAGUGAAGGCCGCCGUUGUCAGACAGUACCAACUUAUGUGGGGUGAUAAGGCAACGAUCUUCAUGAAGCAAGGCGCCACAGUCAUCCAGGCUCUCCUCGGCGGUUCUCUCUUCUACUCUGCUCCCGAUAAUUCCGUCGGUCUUUUUCUCAAGGGCGGUGCCCUCUUCUUCUCCAUACUCUACAACGCACUCAUCGCCCUAUCCGAAGUGACCGACUCUUUCACUGGCAGGCCCAUUCUAGCUAAGCACCGCUCCUUCGCAUUGUACCACCCAGCGGCUAUCUGCAUCGCCCAAAUCGCCGCAGACUUGCCCAUACUAUUAUUCCAAGUAACGCCCUUCGGCCUUGUCCUCUACUUCAUGGUCGGCCUGAAGGCCACGGCUGGGGCCUUUUUCACUUACUUGGCUACUAACUUCAUGACUGCCUUGGCGAUGACGGGUUUCUUCCGCUUCGUCGGCGCCGCAUUCCCUACUUUCGACGCUGCGACCAAAGUCUCGGGUCUUUCAAUUGUGGCCUUAUUUGUCUACAUGGGCUACAUGAUUAUCAAGCCCCAAAUGCAUCCGUGGUUGAGUUGGAUCUUUUGGAUCAACCCCAUGGCCUAUGGGUUCGAAGCUCUGCUCGGAAACGAAUUUCAUGGACAAGAGAUACCCUGUUAUGGCCCUAACCUUAUUCCAAAUGGCCCUGGCUACGUUGACGGCGAGGGUGGGCAAUCAUGUGCUGGUGUCAUUGGCGCGCCACCAGGUACGACGAGUUUUACAGGCGAUGCGUAUCUCGCAGCCAUGUCCUUUAGCCAUGGCCAUAUCUGGCGCAACUUCGGCAUAAACUGCGCCUGGUGGUUGCUCUUCGUUGCGCUCACCAUAUUUUUCACUUCCAGGUGGAAGCUGCUGGGAGAAGGUGGCCGCAAACUCCUUAUUCCUCGGGAGCAACAGCACAGGUCCAAGCAUCUUCUGCAGUUGGGAGACGAGGAAGCGCAAGCUACAGAGAAGUCCGCAGUCAACCCCGGAUCUGAUGCGUCAGGCGGCAACCCUGGGAAUGGCCUCCUCCGCAACCGGAGCAUAUUCACCUGGAAAAGCUUGACCUAUACGGUCAAAACCGCUGACGGUGACCGCGUUCUUCUUGAUAACGUACAGGGUUAUGUCAAGCCAGGCAUGCUUGGGGCGUUAAUGGGUUCAUCUGGCGCUGGAAAGACGACUCUUCUUGACGUCCUCGCACAACGAAAGACGUCUGGUACUAUCCAUGGAUCUGUCUUAGUCGAUGGACGCCCUCUGCCUAUUUCCUUCCAACGCUCGGCCGGCUAUGUCGAACAAUUAGAUGUCCACGAGCCUUUGGCGACCGUUCGCGAGGCUCUGGAAUUCUCGGCCCUCUUGCGGCAAUCUCGUGAUACACCCACCGAAGAAAAGUUGCGAUAUGUGGACACCAUCAUCGACCUUUUGGAACUACAUGACCUCGAACACACUCUUGUUGGUCGCCCAGGGAGCGGUCUCUCAGUGGAACAGCGUAAGCGUCUUACUAUUGCCGUUGAGCUGGUCGCAAAGCCGAGUAUCCUCAUCUUCCUCGAUGAACCCACCUCGGGGCUCGACGGCCAGGCCGCCUACAAUACUGUUCGUUUCCUUCGAAAACUAACUGAAGCCGGACAAGCCGUCUUGGUCACUAUCCAUCAGCCAUCCGCUCAACUGUUUGCGCAGUUCGAUAAACUACUAUUGCUGGCUGCGGGCGGAAAGACCGUAUAUUUUGGAGAUAUCGGCCAGAAUGCAAACACCGUUAAGGAAUACUUUGGUCGCUAUGGAGCCCCUUGCCCACCUGAAGCAAAUCCAGCGGAGCAUAUGAUUGAUGUGGUGACAGGGAUGGGAGGUGAUGGUCAAGAUUGGAGCCAGAUCUGGCUACAGUCCCCGGAACAUGACAACCUGUCCAAGGAACUAGAUACGAUGAUUGCAGAAGCCGUCGCUCAGCCCCCAGCCAUCAAUGAUGACGGACAUGAAUUUGCAGCUUCGCUGUGGACGCAAACGAAGCUUGUGACGCACCGCAUGAACAUCUCGCUCUUCCGGAACAUUGAAUACCUUGACAAUAAAUUCGCGAUGCAUAUCAGCCUAGCGCUAUUGAACGGCUUUACCUUCUGGAUGAUCGGAGAUGCCCUUACAGAUCUGCAGCAGAACCUAUUCACCGUCUUCAACUUUAUUUUUGUUGCGCCGGGUGUCAUUUCCCAGCUCCAGCCUCUGUUCAUAGACCGCCGCGAUAUCUAUGAGGCGCGGGAGAAGAAGAGCAAGAUGUACCACUGGGCUCCCUUCGUCACCGGGCUCAUCGUCUCAGAAUUUCCCUACUUGCUUGUUUGUGCAUUGCUGUAUUAUGUCUGCUGGUACUUCACUUGCGGCCUUCCUACCUCGGCAGACCAUGCUGGCAGUGUCUUCUUUGUUGUGGUAAUGUACGAGUGUCUUUACACUGGUAUUGGACAAAUGAUUGCUGCUUAUACCCCCAACGCCGUCUUCGCAUCACUCGUCAAUCCUCUGGUCAUCACAACUCUUGUCUCAUUCUGCGGCGUUAUGAUUCCAUACAGCCAAAUUGUGCCGUUCUGGAGAUAUUGGAUGUACUAUAUCGACCCCUUCAACUAUCUCAUGAGUUCCCUGCUGGUCUUCACGACAUGGGACAAACCGGUUCAGUGUAAGCCCGAGGAACUGGCUAUAUUUGCCCCUGCUCCAAAUCAGACUUGUGGCGAAUACCUUGAGAUCUACCUCCGCGGCAUGGGGGCGGGCGCGAAUCUUCUCAACCCGGACGAUACCACUGACUGUCGUGUGUGCCAGUACACCGAAGGUAGCAAUUACCUCCGCACACUGAACCUAGCAGAAGAAUCUUAUGGAUGGAGGAACGCGGGCAUUGUCGUUGUCUUCGUGGUUGGUAUCUACGGGCUGGUGUUCCUCAUGAUGAAACUCAGGACCAAAGCCACCAAGAAGGCCGAGUCUUAG